AUGCUUUUAAGGUUCGGGUUAAAGAAUGAUAUCACGAAUACUAUUUCUACGAUGCUUUAUACCCAACUUCCAAAGGGGUACUACACGUAUUCCAGCCUUCCAAUCGAGACACGGGACUUGUGGUUCUCCACUUUUGCGCAAGUGUUUACAUGGGAACCAGCAAUCAUGGCAAAGGUGCGCAUUGCCUUUGACAAACAGGCGAAAUCCUCUUUUAGCAGUCACAUGUACGAGUGGGGGCAAAGUUGGGUUCAUAAGAAAGGGAUUGCAAAGGGGAUAAACCCUGAUAUUUGGGAUGAUUUAGUACUUUAUUGGCAAUUGGAAUCGACCAUGUCCACUUCCAAGACAAACUCAAAGAAUCGUAAGAGCGAGCGAGACGGGAAAGGGAUUGUGACUCAUAAUUUGGGAGCCAAAUCAACUCAACGUGUAGCAUAUGAAAUGACACAAGAGACCGGAGAAGAACUGGAUUUGCUUGCGUUGAUACGAACGACACACACCAACAAGAAAAAGAAGAUAAUAGACGAUCUAAAAGCUAGAGAGUUAAUUGAAUCAAUUGAGCAAAAGAAGAUUGAUUUGGAAACCCAACGUUCCCAAGUGUUAGAAGACGGUUCGGUCACUACUAACCAUCUAUCUAUCAAAGAAUCGAACAAUCUCGUUGUUCAAGAAUUACCGGUUGACAAGAAAGGUCGUACUUUUGGUAUUGGUAGUUAUUCGGUUAGUCAAUGCAAUUCUUCUCCAUCCGUCAACACCUCCACGAAUGCGAUGUAUGAGGAGAAGUUGGAGGAACGAGAGGCAAAGAUGACUAGUAUGCAGCAAGAACUUGACAUGUAUAAAGAUUGGUUUUGUGCCAAAAUUCCCUGA